AUGACACCGUCGUCAAUUUCGCGGGUUUGUCGAGUUGCAGGCUUUCAGCCAUUGCCCAAUCCACCAUCUCGUAGUAGCUGGUUGCUGUUGUGUGGCCUUAAUAUGAAAGAUAAUGGUGAAAACUUGGUAUGGGCUAGAGUAGCUCGUUUUGCACCGUGGCCUGGCCUACAAUCAAUUCAGGAAGCAGAUAAUUACCUCAAUCAUGGAAAGUACCCUGAGCAUUUCUUCGAUCAGUCAGAUGAUGAAUCGGAAGAUGAAUCUCAACAGGACUCUAAUAACAUGGAGAACGAGGAAGAAAAUGUAGGAAAUCAAAAAUUAGACAAUAAUUCUGUGAAUGAUGUAGAAAAUAAUGGUGGUAAUACUACAAGUUCACCUUCAAAAUCCAAAAUGGGUGACAAACAGACGGCUUCAACCAAAAGAAAAGUGGGUAAAGGGAAUAAAACGCCAGCAAAAAAGCCUAACAACAACAUUUCCGAUGUAAAACCUGUCCUAUCCAAGAAAGAGGAGGGAAGGUUACGAUGUCUCAAAGUAAUGCAACAACUUGGCUUAGCUCCUUUGUAA